AUGCUCACCAAAACCCUCCUCCAACGCGCGGCCGCAGUGCCAUCUCGCUCGGCCACCGUCUCACAUCAAACCCUCCGUUCUGCUUCCGCCUGGUCGCAAGUCCCCCAAGGCCCACCCGACGCCAUCCUCGGCAUCACCGAAGCCUUCAAAAAGGACAGCCACCCAAAGAAGAUCAAUCUCGGCGUCGGCGCCUACCGUGACGACAAGGGCAAACCCUACGUCCUUCCCUCCGUCCACCAGGCCGAACAAGCCGUUGUGCAGAAGAAUCUGGACAAAGAAUACGCCGGCAUUACAGGUGUACCCGAAUUCGUCAAAGGCGCCGCUCUCCUGGCUUACGGUCCCAACAGCGCUCCCUUGAAAGAAGGCCGUAUCGCCAUCACCCAGUCCAUCUCCGGCACUGGCGCACUCCGAAUAGGCGGUGCCUUCCUCCAACGCCACUAUCCCCACGCCAAAACCAUCUACAUCCCCACCCCAUCAUGGGCGAACCACAAAGCCGUUUUCCUCGACAGCGGGCUCGAAGUCAAGCAAUACAGAUACUACAACAAAGACACCAUCGGCCUGGACUUCGACGGCAUGAUCGCAGACAUCAAGGCCAUGCCUAAGAACAGCAUUCUCCUCCUCCACGCCUGCGCGCACAAUCCCACCGGCAUCGACCCGACAGAAGAGCAAUGGAAAGGCAUAAGCGACGCCGUGAAAGAAGGCAACCACUACCCCUUCUUCGACAUGGCCUACCAAGGUUUCGCCUCCGGCGACACUGACCGCGACGCCUUCUCCCUCCGCCACUUCAUCGAGCAGGGACAUCAACCGUGUCUCGCACAAAGUUUCGCCAAAAACAUGGGCCUCUACGGUGAGCGGGUCGGCGCCUUCUCCAUCGUCGCCGAGUCCGCGGAGGAAAAGGCCCGCGUAGACUCCCAGAUCAAAAUCCUCGUCCGACCACUCUACUCCAACCCCCCCGUCCACGGCGCACGCAUCGCCUCCCAGAUCCUCAACGACAGUAGCUUAAACCAGCAAUGGCUGGGUGAGGUGAAAGGGAUGGCCGACCGCAUCAUCAAGAUGAGGGCGCUGUUGAAGGAGAAUCUGGAGAAGUUGGGGAGUCAGCGGAAAUGGGAUCACAUCACCGACCAGAUCGGCAUGUUUGCCUACACUGGUCUCACGGCGGAGCAGAUGACGAAGCUGGCGGAGGAGCAUUCGGUUUAUGCCACGAAGGAUGGACGGAUUAGUGUGGCGGGCAUUACGUCGGAGAAUGUUGGGAGGUUGGCGGAGAGUAUUUUUAAGAUUACUGGUUGA